UCGGUCGCUCUCAGCAUGGAGGAAUAAUUUAUUCCUCCAUGCUCUCAGUACUCCUUUUUUGGAAUUUUGUCAUUAUGGGUCACGCUGUAGGCCUACUCUUUUUUUCAAAAAUUUUUCAUUCCAUCGGUUUGUAUACAUGGAUGUAGCUAGAAGCAUGACCGAUAAUGUAAAAAAAUUGUUUUAAAGGAAUACAGCGCUCCAGUUACUGGGUCUUAUCGCAACUAUAGUAUUUAUUGCAUCAUUCAAAUGAAAAGUGAUAAAUCACUCAAUGUUUUAUUUAUUAAUUCGGGUUUUCAUGCUACUUAUCAUUUAGACCCAGAAACUGGGUAGCUGUACUUUUUUUGAAAAUUGUCAUUAUUGAAGUCUAAGAAAUUAGGACCUAAAUCCUUCAGUUUUCAGUUGUGUAUUUUUUUUAAAUAAAGUACCAAUUUUCAGAGAUCCAAGUAUUUGGUCUUCGGCUGUUGGACUCGGUCUUCAGAAUCAGAAUACCUAAGACUCUCACACUUGUUAGCCCAAGUACUCCUAGUCAUACAGUACUUGAGAACUACUUAGCCAUCCAACUACACUGCUGCAGUACUUGAUUCUCGACUGAAAGUACUUAUAAUGUAUCAACAUUGGUUUCUGGUAUGACUUCAGUGAAUGGGGUCAUUUGUAUGUUUUGUCAGCACGCUAGCAGUAUACAAACAAUACAAGCAUAGAAAAAAUGUAUUUAAAGAACCAUCAUUAAUCCAUCCAAAGUUGAAAUAAGGUCAAUGUUAAAAUGGCUUAUCUGCUUCCAAAUUCCAUUCUUCCAUCAACAACAAAGAAACGAUUUCUUCUGGUUGUUCACGUAUGACAUUUUGCAUUUUGACCUCAAGUGCAAAGCUAUCUCAACUCAAACAGGAUUUGAACAUUUUGUCCUGGUGCACGGAAGCCAUGGGGCAAACUUUCAGGCAAUGGGAGUCUUUCUUUGAUCUCGGUGAAAGCACUGUUUUUAAAGCUUGUGUCAUGAUGAGCAUACAAAUUUGCUAAUGCACAGAAUGGUAUUUAAUCACAUUAAAUUUACAUUGUUGUGACUGGUGCCCCAAACUGUCAAGCAGUAUUUUACUGCUUUAUACAUUUUGGCCCUUUUCUGUUCUGUAUUAUUUUAUUGUUACAUGUACCCACUUUUGUUUGUGCUAUGCAGGUAUCCAGAAUGGAAGCCAAGGAGCAAACCUGCUUGUUCUCAUUCGGACUGAUCGCAGACAUCCAAUAUGCAGACGUAGACAACCGUCCGAAUUUCAGGCAGAAUUGUGUUAGAUAUUACCGUAAUUCCUUAGAGCUCCUAAAAGAAGCAGUUCGACAUUGGAGCGGAGAUAGUUGUGCUAGUAAACCAAGUUUUGUGAUGCAACUUGGGGACAUCAUUGAUGGUAUUAACAAAAGAGGCGGCAAGAAACAAUCAUUUCAAGCUCUGAAUGUUGUUAUAAAUGAGUUUGACAAGGCUGGUUGUGAUACACAUCACAUUCUUGGCAACCAUGAGUUUUAUAACUUCACAAGAGCUGAGAUUGCAAGUAGUCGACUUCUGUCGGGGAUCAAUUUUGAGACAACCGAAGUUGACACCACUUGUAGUUGUAUCUCAGAGUUGAUUCCCGCAACAGCAGAAGUCCCCCCUGCAGCAUAUUACCACUUCAGUCCGUGUCCAGGGUUUCGUUGUGUUGUCCUUGACACGUAUGACGUGAGUACCUUAGGACAUGACAAGUCUUGUUCCAUUCACCAGGACUCGAUGAAUCUUUUACGCUCGGUCAACAAGAACGAAUGCCUGAACUCGCCCGAUGGGCUCCAGGGUAUAGACAGAAGAUUCGUGGAGUACAACGGAGGAAUGGGAGAGAGCCAGCUGAGGUGGUUGGAAGGGGUACUUCAAAAAGCAAGCAAUGACCAGGAAAAGGUUAUCAUAUUUGGUCAUGCCCCAUUCCAUCCAACUAUUGAAGUUGAUUGUUGUCUCUGGAACUACAAGGACGUCCUUCAACUCCUGCAUUCUUUCAGCUGUGUAGUGGCGGUCUUCAGCGGCCACGUUCAUUUCUUCUCUCAUAUCGUAGAUGAGAAAGGUAUUCAUGUUGUGACUAUGCCAGGUAUUAUAGAAAUAGCGCCAGGAAGUAAUGGGUUUGGGACGGUUGAGGUAUACCAGGAUAAACUUGUCUUGCAUGGAAAUGGGGAGGUGCGAUCUUGUGUUAUGUCAUUUUCCUGAAAACAAUCGGGGGUCCGAUGUUGUACUUUCUGUCUGAUUUCCUUUUCAUAGUGCUGUUUGAGUGUGUGCCACUCCUACUUGGCCCAAUUUCAUUGCUCUGCUUACUGCCAAAUUCUGCGCUUACAAUCACCAUUCUCUGUUAACAAGCAAGCACCGAAUUUCUGCACUAGUUGUGUAACAGUAGAAUGCCUACAUGUGGUAAUAUGGAGUACGCAUGCGCACAAGCCAAAAUUCCCUACUAACUCGUUGAAAGCGCUUGACUAUCUUAUAAUUCCCUGCUUCCAAGCAGAGCAAUGAAAUUGGGCCCAGGUUACAUCAGCUGUGCGACUCAACUCCAGCUGAAGACAUCUUGGUAAUGGCCCACUGUAAGACAAAUUUUCUUUGAUGCUGUUUUUAACGGAACAAUAAACUCUAAAAACUCCUGGGUAAGAAUUUCAACCGGGUUAAAACACGGGUGAGGCUCCUUGGAGGCCUGUGGUGGAUUUCACAAAGAGUUAAGACUAGUCCUCUCUUGAGUUAGGAGGAGUUACUCGUCUUAACUUAGG